AUGAUUCAAUCACCAGAAAUAAACUUGGAUGAAUACUCCGUUUCAUCUGAGCAUGGCUUCCUCUCCUGCGAUCUGCCUCUUGUGAAGCUUCCACAUGCCCAUUAUGCACCAUGGGAGGCUAUAGCCGUACAGCUUCCAAAUCUUAUCCAGAAUGGCCAAAUCAGGUGCUUAAUCGAGGAACUUCCUGUUCUCACAACGGCAUUGCUGGAGACUGAGCCCGAGUGGCGUCGUGCCUAUAGCAUUCUUGGUUUCUUCACACACGCAUAUAUCUGGGGCGGCGAGAAGCCCAGCGAUGUUCUCCCACCUUGCAUUGCGAAGCCAUUUCUUGAGGUUUCAUCUCAUUUCGAACUUCCUCCUUGUGCCACCUACGCCGCACUCACUCUUUGGAAUUUCACCACAGCUCCAGGGAAGAUCCUUUCUGACCCAGAAAAUGUGUCUUUGAUCACUUCAUUCACUGGUACAAAGGACGAGGAGUGGUUCAUCGUAAUCUCCGUGGCUAUGGAGGCUAAGGGUGGAGAGCUCAUCUCGCUUAUGGUUGAUGCUAUCUCUGCAGCUACCACAUACAAUGUGCAACUUCUGACUGCGCUGCUUUACAGAUUUGUUGAUGGGAUCCGUGACCUCACGAUACUUCUGCAACGGAUGUAUGAGAAGAACGACCCAGAUUUCUUCUUCCAUCAGCUACGGCCUUUCUUGGCUGGAAGCAAAAACAUGGCCGCCGCUGGGCUACCCCAUGGUGUUUACUAUGAUUUUGGUAAUGGAAAUGGAGAGUGGCAUCAGCAUAGUGGUGGAAGUAAUGCCCAGAGCUCACUAAUUCAGACAUUUGAUAUCUUCCUUGGCGUCAAUCAUGCAGCAACAGGGGAUAUCAAGUUACCUCAAGGAACGAGUUAUAUUCAGGAAAUGCGGAACUACAUGCCCGCUCCUCACAGGCGCUUCCUGGAAACCUUGUCCACCCUUUGCAAUAUUCGACCCUACGUGACCUCCAAUGAGGCCGAGUCUCCAUUGAAAGAAGCAUACAACGCAGCUGUCUUGACUCUUGGCGCUUUCCGGGAUGUCCAUAUCGAGAUUGUCACGCGUUAUAUCAUCAUGCCAGCUCGAAACGGAUCAGCAGCCAGACAAUCCUCUAACACAUUGAAUCUUGCAACUGGGAGCUCUCAAGUGAACAGUUUGGUCGAUUCAAAGCCAUCUGGACUUUAUGGAACUGGUGGAACUAGUUUGAUUCCCUUUUUGAAACAGACAAGGGAUGAUACUAAGGCUGCUGCCUGCUAG